UCCUCUCUCCUGGGCCGGAGGCGGCUCGGGGCGGCGGCCGUCUGAAUGUACAACAUGAUGGAGACCGAGCUGAAGCCGCCCGGCCCGCAGCAGACUUCGGGGGGCGGCGGAGGAGGAGGAGGAGGAGGAGGUGGAGGAGGAGGAGGAGGCGGUGCUGCGGCCGCGGCCAACCCGAAGAACAGCCCGGACCGGGUGAAGCGUCCCAUGAACGCCUUCAUGGUCUGGUCCCGCGGGCAGCGUCGGAAAAUGGCCCAGGAGAACCCCAAGAUGCACAACUCGGAGAUCAGCAAGCGCCUGGGCGCCGAGUGGAAGCUCCUGUCGGAGGCGGAGAAGCGGCCCUUCAUCGACGAGGCCAAGCGGCUGCGGGCCCUGCACAUGAAGGAGCACCCGGAUUAUAAAUACCGGCCGCGCAGGAAAACCAAGACGCUGAUGAAGAAGGAUAAGUACACGCUGCCGGGGGCCCUGCUGGCCCCGGGCGGCGCCGGCCUGGCCGGGGGAGUCGGGGUGGGGACCGGCCUGGGGGCCGGGGUCAACCAGAGGAUGGACGGCUACGCGCACAUGAACGGCUGGGCCAACGGCGGCUACGGGAUGAUGCAGGAGCCGCUCGGCUACCCGCAGCACCCGGGGCUCAACGCGCACAACGCCGCGCCCAUGCAGCCCAUGCACCGCUACGACGUCGGCGCCCUGCAGUACAACUCCAUGACCGGCUCGCAGACUUACCUGAACGGCUCGCCCACCUACAGCAUGUCCUACUCGCAGCAGGGCGCUCCCGCCAUGGCCCUGGGCUCCAUGGGCUCCGUGGUCAAGUCGGAGGCCAGCUCCAGCCCGCCCGUCGUCACCUCGUCCUCCCACUCCAGGGCGCCCUGCCAGGCCGGGGACCUCCGGGACAUGAUCAGUAUGUAUCUCCCGGGGGCCGAAGGACCGGAGCCGCCCGCGGCCCCCAGCAGACUGCACAUGUCCCAACACUAUCAGAGCGCUCCCGUCCCCGGCACAGCCAUUAACGGCACCCUCCCGCUGUCGCACAUGUGAGGCGCGGAGAUGGACCGCGGAGGGGACGGAAAAGAAAAUUCGAAAAAAGCGGCGAAAACGAAAAAAAAAAAAGGAAAAGGAAAAGGCGGAAAAAAAGCGGGGGGAGAGAGAGGAGAGGGGGCAGGGAAGGGACUAGGAGGGCCGUGGCCGCUGAAGGAAUCACCCCAACCACGCACGCACAAAAGAAAUCCCACCACCCGCAGACACAAAGACGGGCGCGCACACACACACCACACAAAAAAACCCGGCCUUCUCCGCGGCAACGAAAACUUUCCAGAGAGAUGAGAGAGAGACGGACUUCUUUGGGGAGGGGGGAGGGAGGGCGCGGGCCACUAUUUUUGUACAGAGAAAACUCCGGGGAGGGGCGAGAGGAACUUGUAUAGAGCCGGAGGGAACGGACGCUCCCCGAAACUUUUUAAAAAGUUCUAGUGGAACGGUAGGGGCUUUGCAGAGAGUCGGCAAAAGUCUCCACCGAGAAUAUUUAGAGCUAGUCUCCGAGCGACGGGGUG